AUGACUACGUGGGCAGCGGCGGUUUAAUGAUCACGACUCGCGCACUCCACGGGUAGUUGGGCACACUGCGACAGUUGAGGUCAGGCAGAGUACUUGGGCGGCAUCUGCAGAGCUCACCAUGCGCGAGUGUAUCUCUAUCCACGUGGGGCAGGCAGGUGUCCAGAUCGGCAAUGCCUGCUGGGAACUGUACUGCCUUGAACAUGGAAUUCAGCCCGAUGGUCAGAUGCCAAGUGACAAAACCAUUGGCGGCGGGGAUGACUCGUUCAACACGUUCUUCAGCGAAACCGGGGCUGGCAAGCACGUGCCCAGAGCGGUGUUUGUGGACCUGGAGCCCACCGUGGUUGAUGAAGUGCGCACGGGGACCUACAGGCAGCUCUUCCACCCAGAGCAGCUGAUUACUGGGAAGGAAGAUGCUGCCAAUAAUUAUGCCAGAGGCCAUUACACCAUUGGCAAGGAGAUCGUGGACCUGGUCUUGGACAGGAUCCGCAAACUGGCGGAUCUGUGCACAGGACUGCAGGGCUUCCUCAUCUUCCACAGCUUCGGGGGCGGCACGGGCUCCGGGGGGGACGUGGUCCCAAAAGAUGUCAAUGCAGCCAUCGCCACCAUCAAGACCAAGCGCACUAUCCAGUUUGUGGAUUGGUGCCCAACAGGGUUUAAGGUAUGGUAUGCCUCUUGUUAUACAGAUGAUGCUGGCUGA